CGGCAGUCGUACUUUCUCUCAGCCGUGUCCAUCCAUCGCCAAGAUGGUGAAUCCCUUAGUGAGGAGGAAGAUCAUGAAGAAGAGGACGAAGAAGUUCAUUCGUCCUCAAUCCGACAGGAAGAUAUGUGUGAAGCCAAACUGGAGGAAGCCGAAGGGUGUCAAUUCCCGCGUUCGGCAUAGGUUCAAGGGAACGACGUUGAUGCCAAAUAUUGGUUAUGGGUCGAACAAGAAGACGAGGCAUAUCCUUCCCAAUGGUUUUAAGAAGUUUGUCGUCAACAACGUCAAGGAGCUGGAUGUUCUUCUCAUGCACAACAGGGUGUUUUGUGCCGAGAUCGCUCACCGUGUUUCCACUCUCAAGAGGAAGGCCAUUGUGGAGAGGGCAGCCCAGCUGAACAUCAGCGUGACGAAUGGAGCAGCUCGUCUCCGCAGCCAGGAGGACGAGUAAAGAGGGGGGAUCACUGUGGGCGCUGUGUAGCUUCUACCUCCUUUUCCUUGUACUCGACGUACGUCAAGCAACUU